AUGGGACUUACAGAAGAGCAAGUGUUGCCUUUGUUCCAAGGUAAUAUCAUACAUCUUGCGAAGCUGUGCCUUAAAUACAUCCAACAACCAGCCGUUGAGGCCCGAAAACUGUUUAUCAUCAAAAAGCUGAUGUCGAAUUUGACUCUGCUGUACGUGUCGGCCAGGGAUAGGCACAUGGCCGAGAACGAGAUUUCCUUGUGGAAAAACCCUUUGGACUCUUUUGUGCUUGCUCUGAAUCAACAGUUGGUCUCUUUUGAGAUGGCUAGCGAGGGUUGGAGACAUAUAAUCGGCGACAGCGUGCCCUACAGCGAUCUAGUGGGGUUUGUUAGUUCAUCUGUUUCUGCCAACCUAUUAGUUCUUCUAUUUUCAGAGAUUCUCGUUGAAGAUCUGACCAAAAUGCAUGCACAUAAGACCGGAAUAUCUCAUUUACAUUCUGUGUUUCACGAACAUGUCUACGUCUCUGCCAUGGCUGUCAUGAACUUCAACCUUCAAAGUCUUGUAGAAUCCACUUCGCUGGAUGGCUCUGUGGAAGGCCAAGAAAUUUUCAGAUGUGUAGGCGCAUGGAUCUCAUACACUUCAAUGGCGGCAAAUGGUCCCCAGGGGCGUAUGGAUCUAUCUGAGACUUUCGAUUUGCUCGUGAAGCUCAUGUGCUGGCAACAAGCAGAUACCGAGUUUCCUUACGCUUCCGUGAUAAUUAAAAUUUUUGGAGAUGUCUUUGCCAAUGAUCCAACGAUGGUCAAUUUUGACCUGAGAUGCCACAUCGAGGAGAUAUUUUUGGGAGCGUCAAAGGGUCGUAUGACCACAAAUAACGGCCACGCGUGGAUGCUGCGUUACAUGAACCAUCUUGUGGUGAACGAGUUUUACGAAGAAUUGAAGGAUUUGGCUUUAUGUGUGGUCGAUUUUCUCCAAGUAGGUACUUUGGAUCUAUGCAAUAAGCUUUUCACCAUUGCAUCUGACGCCGACAUGAAUGCACUCGACCAAUAUAUUAAAGUCUUGUUACAGAUGACCAAUUUUUCGUUGGUUCCUGUGCUACAGGAAUUUUUCUCGGUAAGAAUGGUAGAUUUUUGGCUUGAUCUUUGUGAUGGAUACAAUAAUCUGGUUGGUGAAAUCAUAAAGCCAAAUGGCUCUGAACUAGCUGCCAGUAUAUUCGUGCAAGUUGUCGAAAUAUACCUUUCCAAAAUGGGCUUGUUGAACAAACAAAAAAUAUUACAUAGUGACGACGACAAGACCAUGAUUCAUGAGUUUGACGAUUUUCGAAACGCAAUUCUCGAUUUAAUGGAGUCUAUGUGGUCAGUAUUGGGCAAUGACAAACUAACCGACGUUUUGGUAGCAAGUAUCGGCCAAUUGAGCCCAACUUCUACUGCCGACAUGUUCCAAGUCGAGGCAAUGUGCUUAGCUUUGAACAAAUUAAUGGGAGAUAUGACCAUCAGCGAAUGCCCUUGGAUCUGCGACACACUGGGCUCCAAGGACACUUUUCUACACAACGUUAUUUUCCUGGUUCAGAUGGGGUGCGAUCAAAAGACUACUCAAGACGUUGUUGUUCAAACAUUAAGCACGGAUUUCGUGAAGACCGGAACUCAGCUGUUGGGAACCAUCGCUGAUUUCUUCUGUCAGGAUUCUAAACAAUUAGGUACUUGCAUUGAUGCAUUGUUCCGCUGUUUAGAAGGCUGCUCCAAUAUGAAUGAGUGUGAUACCAAAGUAGAGCUCCUAUUGAUAAAAUGCAUCACAACCCUAUGCGACACGUGCCGCCACCAGUUGAAGCCUUAUUUGCCAAACUUUAUUGAAGUCCAGCGCUUAAUGGUUGAGGGCAAAUCGCAAGUCUCUGACUUCACCAAACAGAAAUUCACCCGUUCCCUGGGAUAUAUCAUACAGUGCAAUGCCACUGAUGGACCUGAAGUACAAGGACAAUACGUGCUUCAGGUAUUCGAGGCCAUUUUACAAGGCAUAAACCAAGCACCAGAAAACAGAGAUCAUGUCCUACCGCUUUUGAUAUGCCUAUCUGAACUUGGUACCGCGCUCAUUACGCCGGAAGACUUUGAUGAUGAAACCUAUCUAGCACAACUGCCUAAAUUUAGAGAAUACUGGACAACUGACCCACUUCAAAUUCGUGUGAAAAUCAAAGCUUUACUAGACUUCACUUUCUCCCGCUAUUCACGAGACUCUGAACUUAUCGAAGUGGACUGCUUGAUAUUCGGCAAGGCACUUGAGCUGCCUGACGAGGACCCUCAUUUCUUGAGAUAUGACAUGCACGAGAUAAUGCAUUUUCUAAUGACACGAUCUAGUGGCUGCGAGCCGUCAACGGGCCUGCCGUACAUCAUUUACUUGCUUGAAAAAGUGGUCAAUCAUUAUAAGGCAUCACUGACACCGCAAGACUUUGAUUUCAUGCUUUCUAAGUUUUUCCUCGAGAGGCAUUUUGCAAUUGUAAUGGCAGAUCCAGAUUUAACACAGCUGAUGGUUAACUUUGUCAACUCCAUUUUGGAUUCAAAGCCAGCCAUUGCAUUGAAUUCGAGUCAUUUCUCGUCAUUUUUAGUUCCAGAGUUCCUCAAACUUCUUCCAGCUAAGGAACGAUUCACUAUUGGUGCCGUCACCAAAUUUUGGACCAAACUCGUGAAUAACAAGAAGUUUUCACGACAGGACGAAAUCACGACUCGUGAGUGCAUAAUGUCAUUGGGACCCCAACUUACCUUCACUACAAUAAGUGCGCUAUUCCACACCCAGAGAUCAGAUCUCAAUUAUUAUGCAGACGUUCUAAGGGUUCUCGUGGCAAGGUACGGGUUACAGUUUCGGCAAUGGAUCACACAAGCGCUUCCGCAAAUAUGUGACAAUGGUCCCGCCCAUCAAUUACUAAUUGAAAAGUUAUUCGUGACUCGCGGAAGUCGAGCUGCCGCGAACGCCAUUUUAGAGUGGUGGUUAAGCUGUCAUAAUUUACCACAACUUUCACCUGGUCAGUGA